GACUUGCUGAUGUUUUUGCUUCCUUUGUCAGAAAGACUUCCGUUUAUAUUUUUGGUGCAGGUAGCUUGAAAAUACAAUUACCAUUCAGAGUACUGAAAAGACACCGUACCGCCUGACCCGUUGUGAGGAUAUCGUCCAGUGCCACAGUACAGGGGAUCUGUUCGCUGCUCUGCUGGGGGCUUUGAAUCCAAAAGACCACUGUUGUCUUGUUGACCGACCAUUUAUAUAGCUAGCUGGCUAAUACUAGCUAGCUGAAUUACCUAACAUGUUUCGAUUCUUGAAUGACGUUGAUGACAGUCCUUUCAUGAUGGAUCCAUUUGCAGCUCAUCGACAGCAGAUGGGGGGUCUAUUUGGAUCAUUUGGGUUUGAACCUUUCCCUCUUGCCCCACAGAUUCAGCCUCCACGUGCACCUCAUCUCCAGGCUGGAGCCUUGGCUCCUUUUGGCAUGAUGGGAAUGGGUGGCGGGUUCAUGGAUAUGUUUGGCAUGAUGGGUGGAAUGAUGGGGAAUAUGGAGAGAAUGUCGGGUUCCCCCAACUGUCAGACGUACUCCUCGUCGACGGUGAUUUCCUACUCCUCCUUAGACUCCGGCGCUCCCAAAGUCUUCCAACAGACAAGCGAGAUGAGAACGGCACCUGGAGGGAUCCGUGAGACGCGCCAGGCCAUGCGUGACAGCGAGAGUGGCGUGGAGCGCCUGGCCAUCGGCCACCACAUCCGAGAUCGCGGGCACGUAAUGGAGCGCUCACGGAACCGCCGCACGGGCGACCACGAGGAGCGUCAGGACUACAUCAACCUGGAGGAGAAUGAGGCGGCGGCGUUCGACGAGGAGUGGAGGCGGGAGGCGGGGAGGUACCCGCCCCCAGGCGCCCGGGGGCUGGACUACUGCCGCGACCGGCGAGCGGGCGGUCAGCAGCUGGCCCUAGCUGCGCCCCCAUCCUCCGAGUCCCCGCCAAUCCACCGCCACGAGUCCCCCAGGCACCCCCCUCCGCCACCCCACAACCGCCCGCGCUACGACUGGUGAGAGGGUUUAAGACAUGAGAAGAGGAGUGAUGAUGAUGAAGAGGAGGAGGAAGACGACAAAAGAGAGAGAGAGCGAGAGAGAGAUGAAAGCUUUUGCCCGACGCUGUGAAACAGGAUGAAGAAGGAACCUCGUGGUCAUAAGAGUUGGACCAUUAUAGAUGUUUGUUAUGACUGGACUGUCUAUAUAUAAAUUAUACAUAUAACACGCACACACGCAAACACACACACACACCAAUAUCCAGUAAUUUGUAGUUAGACUUCUCCGCUGUUACUGUCAAACACAAGAGACACACCUUCUCCUUCCAAUGCACACAUGCAUAGAACAACACACACACACGCACGCAUACACACACACUUUGUAUAUAGAGACACAUUCUCAAAACUUGACAUGCGUUUGUGCCCCACAGCACUAUAAAGUAUACGGUGCUACACCACAGUACAUGCAUCCUCUGUACAGUCCAUUUUAUGUUUGUGAAGACACUUGUGUGUCUGUGGAUAGAAUUGUAUACUGUUGACUUAAUUAAACUGAUUAGAAAAUCAUUAAACAUUGUUAGAUAAUUGCAAAAACUGA